AUGGUGCCCCGUGUGCAAUCUUUUAAAUUGGCGCGGUGCUGCCCUCGGUUCUUGCCCAACCGCCGUUCCUCGCGUGCUCUCCUCGUCUUCGUCUUCGUCCUCGUCCUCGUCCUCCUUCUCUCUCUUCUCCCGGCCUGUCUGUCGGUAGUCGCCUUCCGACGAGCUUGCCCUCGGCCAAUCCAGCUGGCGGCGUAUAUGAGACUACAGCCAAAGAAGAGCCCUUCAACAUCACCGCCAUCUUCACAUCCUGACGCUGGCCGAAGCCUGGCUAGAAGCCUCGUUCCCGGGAACAAACGACCACACGCCGUGGUCCGCGACCUCCCUCACCGACGGCCCGUCUUCCUUGACAAUUUGGCACGAGUGUUUUGCCGUGGUCAUACACAGCGUGAGCGCGCAAAGAUCGGUCCCGUGCUGCUCGAUCCCUGCCUGUACCACCGCUGUCCGACUCCGCAGCCAUCCACGCCUCACGCGACACUCACGUGCCACUCGUGGUCGGACAAUUGA